GGUGCUAGAGGUCCAGGGCUCUGGGUGAAAGAGCCCAUUAGGGGUGCCCAUUCUCCCAGGCGACAGCGGCUGCAGCCCUUGCUCAGUGCGUCCCGGUCCCCCGGUGUCGCCUUCCUCAGCAGGAGCCCGAAGCCAGCCAACUUGCCUUUGCAAGUCCUUUCAUGCAAGCCAAAUAAGAGGAGCAAAAUGGGCACCGGAGAUUUUAUCUGCAUUUCCAUGACCGGAGGGGCUCCCUGGGGGUUCAGAUUGCAAGGUGGGAAGGAGCAGAAGCAACCUUUACAAGUCGCCAAGAUUCGAAGUCAGAGCAAAGCCUCUGGGUCUGGUCUCUGUGAGGGGGACGAAGUGGUUUCUAUCAAUGGCAACCCCUGUGAGGACCUCACUUACCCUGAAGUGAUCAAGCUCAUGGACAGCGUAACGGACUCACUCCAAAUGCUCAUCAAAAGACCAUCCAGUGGAAUAAGUGAGCCUUUGACCUCUGAAACAGAGAACAAAAAUCAUGAACAUCUCACCCACGAGGGGUCCGUGCAAAGUACCACCCUGCAGAUUCGACCGGUCACUGAGACCCAAUGCCGAGAGUUGUGCAUCACCCUGAGCAAAAAUGGAGCCACCCUUGCAGAGAGCCAAGGAAGCAUAAAAGAAGAAACAGCCCUGAACUACUCUGUGACCUCCCACCUAUCAAACACCCCGAGAGGAUGCUCAGCAGAGGAGAUUAUCUUAAGGGACCCGGCGAAAAUGAGACCUCCAGGCCCUGUGGUUGAAUUACAGUUAUCCCUGCCGCAGGAGAGACACAAGGCUUCCAGGGUCCCAGUGGUGACUCUCCUGGGAGAAGAACAAUCCGAGACUCCUGACCCAGACCUUCAUUUACACCAUGCUGGCGCUGCCCACAUCACUUCUGUCCCCACUCCUGAGCACAGGGACCCGGUUCUGAGAUCUGGGAAGAUAAUUCAGCUCUCCAGUGGUAAAGACUUGAGAGUGAUCCAGGCAAGUGAGGCAGGUGCAGUGAGGCUGCCCCAAGUGGAAGUGAUCCUCGAUUGCUCUGAAAGACUGAAGAAGACACAAGGGUGCAGGCUCCAGGCAGCAAAGGGGUGUGAGGAUUCUCCUGCGGAAGGAGGGCAGUCAGAAGCACCUCCUUCUCUGGUUUCCUUUGCAGUUUCAUCAGAAGGCACAGAGCAAGGGGAAGAGCCACGCUUAGAAAGGGAUCAUAGCAGACCUCACAAGCACAGAGCACGCCACGCACGGCUCAGGAGAAAUGAGAGUCUAUCAGAAAAGCAGGUGAAAGAAGCAAAAUCUAAAUGCAAAAGCAUUGCCCUCCUUCUAACCGAUGCCCCCAACCCCAACUCCAAGGGGGUGUUGAUGUUUAAGAAGCGACGGAGGAGGGCCAGAAAGUACACCCUCAUCAGCUACGGGACUGGGGAGCUUGAACGAGAGGCCGAGGAGGACGAGGAGGAGGAAGGCCACAGAGAGGGCUCCUGUGAAGUAGAAUUUCUGGGCGCCAGCGAAUCUGAGGUGGAUGAAGAGUUACUGUCCAACCCUGAGGACGACGACGACGAUAGCACACAGGCGCUGAGCUUUGACUGGGAUUCUAAACUGGUGGACAUUGAGAAGAAGCCGCAGCAAAGUGACAGAAUGGAGAUGCUGCCAGACACCACAGGCAAGGGGGCCCUCAUGUUUGCCAAGAGGAGGGAGAGGAUGGAUCAGAUCACAGCCCAGGAAGAGAAGGAGAGGGUGGGUAUCCGAGAGGCCGCCUCUGUCCAGCCAGAUGGCCCGAGCUCUGUGACUUCUUACCAAAGAAAAGAGGAGGGAUCCAUGAGUGUGCAGAGCUCGCUGAACAAAAGCUACAUCCAGGUGAGCCAUGGGCUGGGCCAUCUGCCCCAGCAGAAUGGCCUCAGUGGGGUUCCAAUGAACAGAACAGCCAAACCCUUCCCAGGGGCCCUGAACCAGCUGGCCACCCCUUUCUCCCCGACCCGAAACGUGAUGAGCCCCAUCGCUGACUUUCCUGCUCCACCCCCUUAUUCUGCCAUCACCCCUCCACUACCAGAGACCUUUUCCAGCGGGAUCUCCAGCCCCAUCGGGGGCCCGGCACAGCCCCCACCCUGGCCUCAACCGGCCCCCUGGUCCCAGCCGGCCUUUUAUGAUGCAUCCGAGCGCAUCGCCUCCAGGGAUGAGAGGAUCGCAGUGCCCGCUAAGAGAACAGGAAUCUUGCAGGAGGCCAAAAGGAGGAAUACGACGAAACCCAUGUUCACCUUUAAAGAGCCCAAGGUCAGUCCCAAUCCUGAACUCAUGGCGCUUCUCCAAAACUCAGAAGGCAAACGGGGCACCGGAGCAGGAGGUGACUCUGGACCCGAAGAAGACUACCUCAGUCUGGGAGCGGAGGCUUGUAAUUUCAUGCAAAACUCCUCAGCCAAGCAGAAGACCCCACCCCCCGUGGCUCCCAAACCUGCGGUCAAGUCCUCACCCUCCCAACCAGGGACUCCAGUGUCUCCUGUCUGGUCUCCAGGAGUGACUCCAAACCAACCUCCAGCCUUUCCCAUCUCCAGCCUGUCGCAGGGGCCUAUGGUCUCUUCCAUCAAGGUGGCCCAGCUUUCUUAUCCACCUGCCCGGCCUGCCAGUGUUCAGAACCUGGCUGGUCCUUACCAAGGACCCAGGGCUGCGAUAGCCAGUCAGAAUUACUCACCCAAGCUCCCUGCUCCCGCACCAACACCCAACGCUGCUCAAGCUGGGCCGGUAGGACCAUCCAGUGAGCUUCCAGGAAUGAGCGGGAAGGGAGCCCAGCUCUUUGCUAAAAGGCAGUCGAGGAUGGAGAAAUACGUGGUGGAUUCAGACACAGUACAGGCCCACGCUGCUCGAGCUCAGUCCCCCACUCCUUCUCUCCCAGCCAGCUGGAAGUAUUCCUCCAAUGUCCGAGCACCCCCUCCUAUGGCCUACAAUCCCAUCCACUCCCCCUCUUACCCACUGGCCGCUAUCAAGUCUCAGGCCUCAGCCCCCCAAGCCGCCAAAACAAGCAAGAAGAAGGGUAAGAAGCCCCUCAACACUCUGGAUGUCAUGAAACACCAACCUUAUCAACUCAAUGCCUCCUUGUUUACCUUCCAACCCCCAAGUGCGAAAGAUGGCCUCCCCCAGAAGACACCUACCAAGGCCAAUUCCAUGCCAGCCAUGAAGCAAGCCCUGCCUCCCAGACCAGUGAGUGUCACCUUGCCCACAAAUGCCCAGGCAUCCUCCGUGUAUUCGGUCCCCGCCUACAGCUCUCAGCCUGCCUGCUUUGCAGGGGCCUCUUCCCCGGUCAGUGCCUCUCCGGUGCCUGCGAGCCUUCCCACGUCUCCCAAGCAAGAAUCAGCCUCAACGUCGUAUUUUGUGGCACCAAGGCCGAAGUUCUCAGCCAAAAAAAGCGGUGUCACAGUUCAGGGACGUGGACUCUCUCUUUCUCUUCCUGGACGGCCAUUUCCCCCCACCAUCUCUGCCAUAUCACCUUUUGUCUACCAGCCUACUCACGACGACUCAAGCCAGCCAACAGAUGGGCAAGAGAAAGCAAACAAGAGGCCAACUCCUUGGGAAGCAGCAGCCAAGUCUCCUCUUGGUCUAGUGGAUGAAGCCUUCAGACCCAGAAGCAUCCAGGAAUCCAUUGUGGCCAAUGUGGUCUCAGCCGCUAGGAGAAAGGUUCUUCCAGCACCUCCUGAGGACUGGAAUGAGAGACUGUGUUAUGUUCCUGAACCCCAGAUCACCACCCUGGGCUCCUUUGGGAGGCAAGUGUACAAUGUUGCUUCCCUGCCCAAUAGCAGUAUGCCCACCGCCUCCCAAUGUGGUUCACAGUUGCCAUAUGCAUAUUAUAGGCAGCCUUCCAGAAAUGAUUCUGAGAUGGCCAUGGAGACACGGUCCGAUGAUUGUCUUCCAGUAGCUAACUAUAGUUGUAACCAACAGCCAAGGGGAUGGCGACGCCAAACUUGAAAGUUAGAAGGGCCAGUUGUGUGCCAACUACUAUAACUUCUUUUUUUCCUUUUUUUUACUAUGACUUCUUAGUGUUCCUUUGCAGGGUUUCUGCAUUCUCCAGUAGACUUAGGGUCACGCUUCAUUCUGGCUUGAUUCUCAGAGGUCUGCAUCUGGGUUUGUGUUUGUGUGUGUGUGUGUGUGUGUGUGUGUGUGUGUGUGUGCACACAUAGGAGUGAGAUCCACUGCUUUUUUCUGCUAAUGCACAGGGAAGGAAAAAAACCCAAUUUCUACAUCAAUGUACACACACACACACACACACUUCAUAGUCUUGAUUUCAUUUAUUCUUUUUUAUGGCAGAAUCUAGGCAAUUAAACUCUGUUCUAUUAAAAUGCCAGUAAGCAUUUUCUUAUAAGUGCCUUAGUUAAGGAAUUAAUGAAAUACAGUGAAAGAAGGAAUUAAUGCUAUGUUAAUUGUUACCUGCAGUAACAGCAAGCAAUAUUAACAUUGGAGACACUUUUGGCAGGAACAUGUCAAUGGAUAGUUAUGGAAAAAAUUACUUCCUUGGUGUGUCAAGCAUUUCCACACAAGACUGAAAUAAAACUGACAAAAUUCAGAUUUCUAGAGUUGAAAUAUAAGCAUUCUCAGAAAGAAAUCAAUCCUUGGGAGUAAAAGAACCAUAAAUUUCAAAAGGGCUUUUUGAGGUAAAAGAUGUAAUGUAUGGGAAAUAGAAAGAUUUAGGUAUAGGAUUUAUUUCUAAUCUAUUUAAAGCCAGCAGUCUGAGACAGGAACAGACUCUGAAUUCAGGUGUUCUCAUUUGUCAAAUGAGAAGAUUGGAUUAUCUAAUUUCUUAUAUCCUUAACAGCUCUGCUAUCCUGAGAUUCUCUCAUUAGCAGAUGACCUUUGAUGCAUUAUUCAAUUUUGUGGCUCAUCAUAGAAAUAUGAGAUUAAGUUGAAGAGUGGACUAGGUCAAUUUCUUUCUGUCUUAUCCAACAACAACAAAAUGGAGAGAAAAAAAAAAUGUUCGCCGCCAAGAGCACUGGACUCAUAGUGCAGACACCGAAAGCCCCAGCUAUAACCCUGGAGGCAAAAAAUCAAACAAACCAAAAAAAAAAAAAAGGCAAUUGGGUAAAUGGUGCCACUCACUACAUGCCAUUAAAGGUCCCAGGGGAAGAAAAAAAAAAAGUCAGGCAGCAAGUUUUAUGCUACGUGUUAUAGAGUGAGGGAUGGUAGAAGAAAGAGAGGAGGGGGAAGCUACUUAUGAACUUCAGGAAGUGGUGGGGAGCUCUAUUUGCUAUGAUGCAACUGUAGGUCGUGAACAUUAGGUUUAGUUACAGAGAACAUGCCAGGAAACCCUAUGCAACAAGUAGGAUGACUUUAGAAAGGGAUCCUGAGGAUGUUCAAAGAAAGCUAUCACUGGUUUAGUUGACAGCUGUUUGCUUAGGGCCAUGACCCAUGGCUUGUGAGCAUUAUCACGAGACAGCUGCCCACCUGUUUCCUUACUGCUAUCUAUACAAAGUAUUAAAUACAAGAAAUUCUAUGUGUUCUACACCAUAAGUACUAAGAAUAUUUUAAAAUUAAAAUCAUGUGCAGACUCAAUGCGUUUUUUUUUUUUUAGACUUUAAAAUCUUAGUGUUAUCCUUUGGUGCUUUUCUGUGUGUGUGUUUGUUGGUUUCAGCUCUUGCAUUCACAGAAUGAAACUUCAAAAACAAUUUCCAUGCUGGUGAGAUAGCACAAUGGUUAUACAAAAAAAAAAAAAAAAAAAGCUCAUGUCCAAAGCUCCAGAGAUCCCAGGUUCAAUCCUCAGCACCACCAUAAACUAAUGUCGGGCUGUGCUCUGAUAAUAAACAAACAAACAAACAAACAAACAAAAAUUCCAGGCUACAGUCACUCCCUUAACUUGGAAGUAAAGUGAAAUCUGUUAGUCCUAUUACAAUGAAUCCUAUUAGGAAUAAAUCAGCCCUGAUUUAUUGCUGGUUUUGUUUAGUUAUGGAGAAAGCACUCUUUCUCUCUUAUUCUUUCUAUUUUAUGUUAUAGGACAGAGAAAUUGAGAGGGGUAAGGAGAGAGAGAAGAGGAGAGAGAUAGACAGGUCCUUACACACGGUGAAGUGUAUGUAAGCUCUAAUGGGUGUGCAACCCCAAUUCUCUCAAAGAUUUAAGACGAAAGUAUUGAUUCCUAAGAGUUUCUAUGGAAUCUUAAAAAAAAAAACAACAAUAAUGACUACUGUUGACUAAUCUGUGCACCAAUGCUAAGAACCUCCCAUACAAAAUAUUUACUUAAAAUUCUUUUGUAAUGCUUGAAUGGUUCUAGAUGACAAUGUUUUAAGGAGGGUGGAGGAGAGCAGCAGCAAAGACUUUCUCUUUCAAGAUCAAAUCCUAGUUGUUUUCUCUCAUAGAUAUUAUUUCAAUUCCUUUUAUGAAUUUGAUCUACUCCAAUUUUAAAAGUUUCUAUAGAUGAUUCCAUUCACUAAAACGUUCACUAGACUUCAAAAUAUAAGACAUGUUUAAAUUUAGAUGUUGGGAAGUCGGGCGGUAGUGCAGCAGGUUAAACACACGUGGUGCAAAGUGCAAGGACCUGGUAAGGAUCCCAGUUAGAGCCCCCCGGCUCCCCACAGGCGGUGAAUCAGGUCUGCAGGUGUCUUUCUCUCCCCUUCUCUGUCUUCCUCUCCUCUCUCCAUUUCUCUCUGUCCUAUCCAACAAUGACAACCACAAUAAAACAACAAUAAUAACUACAACAAUAAAACAACAAAGGCAACAAAAGG